AGACUGCAACGAUAUGUUUGCGGAAUAAAUAAUGACUCGCCUCCCGCCUUCUUCCAUACAUUUUAUGGAUGCUAGUAAAGAACCUGGACUGCUCUCACCAUGUACAAGAUGCGACGUUAUCGAAGCCUUCUCAAGGAAAAGUGACCACUUAAAAGUACAAGUUGUUGAAAAGGAUGGCUUACUAUAUACUUUAAAUAAUUCAACACUAGACCUUUGCCGGAAUCUUGAGGAACGGGGAUAUUUGGCCAAGGUUAAAGUUGACAUAAUACGCUGCUCUAACGUUCCAACACCAUUGCUAAACUUGAUGAAUCCUCCAAAAGAAUCGGCACCGAAAUUAAAGCAGUGCGUGAACGUCACUUCUAAAGGAUAUCAAAGAUUGCCGAAGGACGAAAUCGAAUUGGAAGAGAAUGAGAAUGAGGCAGAUGACGAAUUUAGUAAUUACGACGAUGAAGACGAAGACGACAAUGAUGAUGAUGACGGUGACGAAGAUGACGAAGAGGAUGACGACGACACCGAUGACGAUGAUGGUAAUGAAGAAGAGGAUUACAUUUUUGACGAUGAAGAUGAGGAGGCGGAGAUAUAUGAAGACGAAUACGAAGAUGGUGAAAUAGAAGACGGCGAAAGUAGAGAUGUGGACAAAGAUGAUAUGUCAGAUUCUCAGGCCACUUAUUCAGAAUUUGAUUCAACUGACUGCGAAGAGAGGGCGUCUAGUGAAGAGGAGAGAGGAAAUGAAACUGAUUCUCUGCUGUGAUUUUUCCAUUCCCUAAUUGCAUACGUCUUCCUAUUCAUUUCCUCCUCGAUGAAAAGAGACUUACUAGCUUCUACACGGAGAGAGGACUUUUUUGUUGAAUUCCCUCUAUAUAUGUACAGUAUAAUGAUAUAAAUAAAUAAAUCUAUACGAUUAUCAAUUGAAGAAGGCAACUAUACAAAAAAUGAAGAGAGUACAACACCUCUAUAGUUGUUAAAUUGAGGAAAAAUACCAAUUUAUAUAUAUAUAUAUAU